AUGGAUCAAUGUAUUGCAACGCCAAAACAACGUCAAUUCUCAACAUCAGCUAAGAGGCCUGUGAAAAAUCGAUUGAUUCAAAAGCAGGGCAUAUGCAAUAUAAGCCUGAAAAAUGUACCAAAACAAAGAAGAAUGUAUUGCAGUGACAUAUUCACAACUGUUAUUGAGAUGCAAUGGAGAUGGUUUUUUACUAUCUUUGCUGUCUCAUUCUUCGCUUCAUGGACAUUUUUUGCUUUAUGCUAUUUUCAAAUAGGAAAAUUACAUGGAGAUAUGUCGAUACCUAGUAAUGAUACAUCUUGGGAGCCAUGCAUUACUAAUGGACAGGGCUUUCUAAACAGUUUUUUAUUUUCUGUUACAACACAAACAACUAUCGGAUAUGGUCAUCGAUAUCCAACAGAUCAAUGUCUCAUCGUUGUUGUGACUAUGUGCGUUCAGUUUAUGAUUGGAUUGAUGACACAGACGUUAAUGGCCGGAAUUAUAUUUGCUAAGUUAGCACGACCUAUCAAGCGAGCCGCUACAUUGAUUUUCAGCAAAAAUGCUGUUAUUUGUAUGCGAAAUGGGCAUCUUUGCUUAUUAUUUCGUGUUGGCGAUAUGCGUAAGAGUAGUUUAGCUGAAGCACAUGUUCGAUUGCAGAUGAUUAAAAAAACAUUAACAACAGAAGGCGAAUUGAUUCCUUAUCAUCAGAUAGAUAUGAAUGUUGGGUAUGAUCAAGGCUUAGAUCGCAUUUUCGUCAUUUGGCCAAUUACCAUUUGCCAUGUGAUUGAUGAAGAAAGUCCCUUAUUCGGAAUAAAUAAGGAAGAUUUGAUAACUGAAUCAUUUGAGAUAAUCGCUAUAUUGGAAGGUGUUGUAGAGAGUGUUGGUUCAACGACGCAAGCACGUACCAGCUAUUUGCCUAAAGAAAUUUUAUGGGGAAAAAGAUUUGAAAAGUUAGUUCAAUACAAGAAAGAUCGUGGACAGUACAAUAUUGAUUUUGGAAAGUUUCAUCAUGUAUUUGAUGUUCGAACUCCAACAAUGAGUGCAAAGAAAAUGCAAGAAUUGAGGGAUCGAGGGAUUUUUGAUGAUUCGCUUUAUAAAAUUCAUAAUCCAUUGAAAGCUGUUGAUGAUGAGAUUGUUUAUCAAGAAGAUGAUCAUUUAGUUGAAAUUAAUGAAUUUGAAUAA